AUGGACCUCCUCUCGAGUGUCCGCAAAUCCGGCUCCCGCGGCGGCGUAAACUUCAGUUGGGACGAGGUCGCCAACUCGUCUCACCGCGAAAACUACCUCGGACACAGCCUCAAAGCCCCCGUCGGUCGCUGGCAAAAAGGCCGCGAUCUGAACUGGUACGCCAAGGGCGACGACGAUGCGGGAGCGAGGGAGGGCGAGACGGACGAGGAGAGGCUGGAGCGCGAGCGCAAGGAAGAGCUGCGAAAGAUCAAGGAGGCUGAGGAGGACGCGCUCGCGCGCGCGCUGGGCUUACCGGUGCCGCAGCGGGACUCUUCGGGCGCGAAUGCGGUUGAGGUUAGCGGGAAUAGGGGUAUCGGCGGUGCUGAUGCAGGCGGCGGAGGCGACGCGAAGCCGUUGAAGGAGGAGAGCAAGGGCGGGCUCGUUGUCAGUGAGAAGAGGGAGCGGAGGGAUCGAGGUGAGGACAAGGAUAGGCGGCGGAGGCGGAGUCGUAGCCCCCGGCGAGAUAGGAGGAGGGAAGGCGAGAGGAGACGGAGUCGGGACCGGGAGCGCGGGGAGGAGAGGCAUCAUCGCCGUGGUGAAGGGCGGGAACACGGUCGUGAGCUGAGGGAUUAUGAUCGGGAUCGUGAUGAGGGGCGGGAGAGGCGGUACCAUCGAAAGGCGAGGAGUCGAAGCCACGAGCGCGAGCGGAGAGAGCAUCGGCGGCGGAGCAGGAGCAGAGAGGGUCAACGAGCCCGGUCGAGGGACCGCCGGCGCAGUCCGGACAAGCGUCACUGA